AUGUCCCCCUCCACCGUCCCCUCCUCCCCUCCAACACGUCCCCCUCGACACGUCCCCUCCACAACGUCCCCUCCAGACGUCCCCUCACACGUCCCUCCCCAACCCCCUCCACACGUCCCCCUCCACACGUCCGCCUCCACACGUCCCCCUCGACACGCCCCCUCCACACGUCCCCCUCCAGAACGUCCCCUCCACACGUCCCCCUCGACACGCGUCCUCCACACGUCCCCCAGACGUCCCCCUCACACGUUCCCUCGACACGUCCCCCUCCACACGUCCCCCUCCAGACGUCCCCUCCACACGUCCCUCCAGACGUCCCCCUCACACACGUCCCCUCACACGUCCCCCUCCACACGUCCACACGUCCCCCUCCAGACGUCCCCCCCUCCACACGUCCCCCUCCAGACGUCCCCCUCCACACGUCCCCCCCUCCCAUCACCACGUCCCCCUCCACACGUCCCCCUCCAGACACACGUCCCCCUCCACGUCCCCCUCCACACGUCCCCUCCACGCGUCCCCCUCCAACACGUCCCCCUCCAGACGUCCCCCCCACACGUCCCCCUCGACACGUCCCCCUCCACACGUCCCCCUCCAGACUCCCCCUCCACACGUCCCCCUCCAGACGUCCCCCUCCACACGUCCCCCUCCACGAGUCCCCCUCCACACGUCCCCUCCACAAGUCCCCCUCUACGCGUCCCCCUCUACGCGUCCCCCUCGACACGUCCCCCUCCACACGUCCCCCUCCACGAGUCCCCUCCACAAGUCCCCCUCGACACGUCCCCCUCCACACGUGUCCCUCCACACCUCCCUCCACAAGUCCCCCUCCGACGUCCCAUCCACGCGUCCCCUCCACACGUCCCCCUCCACACGUCCCCCUCGACACGUCCCCCUCGCACCCUCCACAUCCAUCAUACAGAACCACCGCGCCCAUUACAGCAGCUUUUAACUUUCCGAACUUCCGAGCCCGCGAUUACCAAGUCAUUAGACACGUGGGCGUACUUGGCAUGGCGCCCACGACCGCCCUUGCUUAUAAUUCAUGUGCAUCUAUCAUCUUGA